CGUGUCGCGAAGUAGUGUGUCGACCGCCAAGCUAUACAUGUGCGGUUUCGUCGUGAGAAGAUUUAUCGAAACCGUGGAGUUAAACGAGUGGUCGGUGGUAAAUGAUCGCGUGAUUAUUAUUCGCGAAAAAGGGUUACUGGCGAUAACAAAACGUGUGGUGGUAAAGUAAAGUCAUAUACAAGGAGCAACGCGUGCGCGCGUGCGUUUAAUAUUUUUCCAACAGGCGAGGCGAGAAAGCGCAUUGUGUGUACGCUAAACAAAAAUGGCGGACGGGGACUCGAGGGUAGAUCGCUCUGACCCGGAGCUUAAAAUUCUCUCUGUGGACAGGAACAGUUUCAACGAUCCGGCAACUCAGGCGGAAUGGACGCAGAAAAAAUUGGUAUGGGUACCACACGAGACUCAGGGUUUUGUUGCCGCCGGUAUCAAGGGCGAGCGUGGAGACGAGGUCGAGGUGGAGAUUGCCGAGACCGGCAAAAGGGUCCACGUUGCCAAGGACGAUAUUCAGAAGAUGAAUCCGCCCAAGUUCGACAAGGUCGAGGACAUGGCCGAACUCACCUGUCUCAAUGAAGCCUCCGUUCUACAUAAUCUUAAGGACCGUUACUACUCCGGACUAAUUUACACGUAUUCGGGUCUUUUCUGCGUCGUCGUCAAUCCAUACAAGAGGCUGCCAAUUUACACAGAAAAAAUUAUGGAGAGGUAUAAGGGAAUCAAAAGGCACGAAGUUCCACCACAUGUUUUUGCCAUCACAGACACAGCAUAUCGUUCGAUGCUUCAAGAUCGCGAAGACCAAUCAAUUCUCUGUACUGGUGAAUCCGGUGCUGGAAAAACGGAAAACACGAAGAAAGUUAUUCAAUAUUUGGCGUAUGUCGCUGCAUCGAAACCAAAAUCAAACGCGACUCCAAGUCCGGCGUUAAUCAUAGGUGAACUUGAACAACAACUUUUACAAGCCAAUCCUAUUCUGGAAGCAUUCGGAAAUGCAAAAACCGUCAAGAACGACAACUCUUCACGUUUUGGAAAGUUUAUUAGAAUUAAUUUUGACGCUUCUGGUUACAUCGCUGGCGCAAAUAUCGAGACGUAUCUUCUUGAAAAAUCUAGGGCAAUUCGACAAGCCAAAGAUGAACGAGCGUUUCACAUAUUUUACCAAUUGCUUUCGGGUGCAUCACCAGAACAAAAGAAGGAAUUUAUCUUGGAGGAUCCGAAACAUUAUCCAUUCUUAUCGAAUGGAGCGCUUCCAGUACCCGGCAUGGACGAUUCCGCCGAAUUUUCUGCAAUUGUGAAAGCAAUGAACAUAAUGGGAAUGACGAACGAAGAUUUUGCCUCAAUAUUCCGCAUUGUCUCUGCAGUCAUGUUAUUUGGUUCGAUGCAAUUUAGACAGGAGAGAAAUUCCGAUCAAGCCACACUUCCCGAUAAUACAGUUGCCCAAAAGAUUUCCCAUUUAUUGGGUCUGAGUGUGACAGAAAUGACGAAAGCCUUCCUAAAGCCAAGAAUUAAAGUCGGCCGCGAUUUUGUGACGAAAGCACAAACAAAAGAACAAGUGGAAUUUGCAGUCGAGGCAAUAUCAAAAGCGUGCUACGAAAGAAUGUUCCGUUGGUUGGUCAAUAGGAUAAAUAGAUCACUCGAUAGAACAAAAAGACAGGGAGCAAGUUUCAUUGGUAUUCUAGAUAUGGCUGGAUUUGAAAUCUUCGAAUUGAAUUCAUUUGAACAGUUGUGCAUCAAUUAUACAAAUGAGAAACUUCAGCAAUUAUUCAAUCACACAAUGUUUAUUCUCGAGCAGGAAGAAUAUCAACGUGAGGGAAUUGAAUGGAAAUUCAUUGAUUUUGGAUUGGAUCUUCAGCCGACGAUUGAUUUGAUUGAUAAGCCAAUGGGUAUAAUGGCACUUGUCGAUGAGGAAUGUUGGUUCCCGAAAGCGACGGACAAAACGUUUGUGGAGAAACUUGUUGGUGCUCAUAGUGUUCAUCCAAAAUUCAUGAAGACAGAUUUUCGUGGUGUCGCCGAUUUUGCCAUUAUUCACUACGCUGGAAAAGUCGAUUACUCGGCUGCCAAGUGGCUCAUGAAAAAUAUGGAUCCACUUAAUGAGAAUGUUGUGAGUCUUUUGCAGGCGUCGCAGGAUCCAUUUGUUUGUCAUAUUUGGAAGGACGCCGAAAUUGUUGGAAUGGCUCAGCAAGCGUUGACCGACACGCAAUUUGGCGCCAGGACAAGAAAGGGAAUGUUCAGAACUGUCUCGCAACUUUAUAAGGAGCAAUUGACUAAAUUGAUGGCAACUUUACGCAAUACUAAUCCAAAUUUCGUUAGGUGCAUUAUUCCGAAUCAUGAGAAGAGAGCUGGUAAAAUCGACGCGCCUCUGGUUCUCGAUCAAUUGAGAUGCAAUGGAGUUCUCGAAGGAAUACGUAUUUGCCGACAGGGAUUUCCCAAUAGAAUUCCAUUCCAAGAAUUUAGGCAGCGAUACGAACUUUUGACUCCGAAUGUGAUUCCGAAAGGUUUUAUGGAUGGGAAGAAAGCCUGUGAAAAGAUGAUUCAAGCAUUGGAACUUGAUCCAAAUUUGUAUCGUGUGGGUCAGUCGAAGAUAUUUUUCCGUGCUGGUGUCUUGGCUCAUUUGGAAGAAGAAAGAGAUUAUAAAAUCACGGAUCUCAUUGUGAAUUUCCAGGCGUUCUGUCGUGGCUUCCUGGCGAGACGUAAUUAUCAAAAACGUCUGCAACAAUUAAAUGCGAUACGUAUUAUUCAACGGAAUUGUUCAGCAUAUCUGAAACUAAGAAACUGGCAAUGGUGGCGUUUGUACACGAAAGUGAAACCCCUGUUGGAGGUGACGAAACAAGAGGAGAAGUUGACACUCAAAGAAGAUGAAUUGAAGCAAGUAAGGGAAAAAUUGGAAAUGACAGUCCAUGAUGCCAAGGAGUAUGAGAGAAAAUAUCAACUUGUUAUCGAGGAGAAAAUGAUGUUAGCCGAGCAAUUACAAGCCGAAGUUGAACUUUGCGCUGAAGCUGAAGAAAUGCGGGCGAGAUUAGCGGCUAGAAAGCAAGAAUUAGAGGAGAUUCUUCACGAUCUUGAGGCACGAAUCGAAGAAGAAGAGGAGAGAAGUUCGGCCUUGAUUCAAGAGAAAAAGAAGUUGCAACUCAAUAUCAGCGAUUUGGAGGAACAACUAGAGGAGGAGGAAGCUGCCAGACAGAAAUUGCAAUUGGAGAAAGUUCAGUGUGACGCUAAAAUUAAGAAAAUGGACGAAGACAUUGCCCUUUCGGAUGAUACGAAUCAAAAACUUUUGAAGGAAAAGAAACUUUUGGAAGAAAGAGCGAAUGAUUUGUCACAAGCACUGGCCGAGGAAGAGGAGAAAGCGAAACACUUGGCGAAAUUGAAGACCAAACACGAGGCCACAAUUGCCGAUUUGGAGGAACGUCUCCUGAAGGACCAUCAACAACGUCAAGAAGUUGACAGAUCGAAGAGAAAAAUGGAAACUGAAGUCUCUGACCUAAAAGAGCAAAUAUCGGAGAGAAAAUUGCAGGUCGAAGAAUUGCAACUACAACUCGGUAAACGAGAAGAGGAACUCACGCAAGUUAUGACGAAAAUUGACGAAGAAAGUGCAGCGAAAGCUCAAGCUCAAAAGGCCCUCAGAGAACUGGAAUCCCAAUUGGCAGAACUCCAGGAAGAUCUUGAAGCGGAGAAGAUAGCGAGAAGCAAAGCCGAGAAAUUGAAACGUGAUCUGAAUGAAGAAUUAGAGGCACUGAAGAAUGAGUUGCUCGAUUCACUGGAUGUCACAGCGGCUCAACAGGAACUGAGAACUAAACGAGAACAGGAAUUGGCAACUCUGAAGAAGAAUCUAGAAGAAGAGACAUCAUCUCACGAAGCUAUGAUGGCGGACACGCGUCAUAAACACACUCAAGAAUUGACCGUUCUCAAUGAACAGAUGGACUCCCUGAAAAAGGUGAAGGCAACUCUAGAGAAGGCAAAGGGAACCCUAGAGGCCGAGAACGCGGACAUGGCCACCGAAUUAAGAUCCGUGAGUGCCAAUCGACAAGAGUGCGAUCGAAGACGCAAGCAAGCUGAACAGCAAUUAGUCGAGGUGAACGGAAAGCUCGCCGAAAUUGAAAGAGUAAAACAAGAACUAGCCGAGAAGGUUGUGAAACUACAACAGGAGGCCGAAAGUGUUUCUCAACAACUAGAAGCCGCUGAACUGAAAGCCUCAGCUGCUGUUAAAGCUUCCACCACCUGUGAAUCGCAAUUCACGGAACUCCAACAGCAACUCGAGGAAGAGACACGGCAAAAACUCGCAUUGAGCUCAAAGUUAAGAGCCCUCGAAAGCGAGAAGGAGACCCUUCACGAUCAACUCGAAGAAGAAGAGGAAGCGAAACGAACCCUCGAGAAGCAAGUUCUGAAUCUGAAUAUUCAACUCGCCGAGGCUAAGAAGCGAGCCGAUGAAGAAUCCGAAGCCGCAACCGCUCUCGAAGAAGCCAGAAAACGAUGUUUGAAGGACAUCGAAACUCUACAACGACAAGUGGAGGAACUUCAAGCUGCCAAUGACAAACUCGACAAAUCAAAGAAGAAAAUUCAAGCCGAACUCGAAGACAGUACGAUCGAGUUGGAAGUCCAAAGGGGAAAAGUCAUCGAACUGGAAAAGAAGCAAAAGAACUUCGACAAAGUGUUAGCCGAGGAGAAGGCAAUCGCAGUACAAUAUCUCGAACAGAAGGACAAUGCCGAACGUGAGUCCAGGGAGAAGGAGACUAGAGCUCUGUCCCUAACCCGCGAACUCGACGAAUUACACGAGAAAGUCGAAGAAUUGGAAAGAUGCAAAAAAGUCCUCCAAGGCGAAUUGGACGAAUUGGCGAAUAAUCAAGGAACGGCCGACAAAAAUGUCCACGAACUCGAAAAGGCGAAACGAGCUCUUGAAUCCCAACUGGCCGAACAGAAAACUCAGGUCGAGGAACUGGAGGAUGAACUACAAAUCACUGAAGACGCGAAAUUACGACUCGAGGUCAACAUGCAAGCACUCAGAGCUCAACUAGAAAGAGAGGUCCAAGCGAAGGAGGAGCAAGCCGAAGAGAAGCGUCGAGGUCUAGUGAAACAACUGCGCGAUCUCGAAGCCGAAUUAGAAGACGAACGAAAGCAACGCGCCGCCGCUAUUGCCCAGCGAAAGAAAAUGGAAGCCGACUACAAGGACAUUGAACAACAACUCGAAAUGCACAACAAAGUGAAAGAAGACGCUCUCAAGCAACUCAAGAAACUCCAAGUGCAAAUCAAGGACUGCACAAGAGAAACCGAAGAAGCCAGAGCAGCUCGCGACGAACUUGCCGCAGCCUCAAAGGAAGCAGAACGCAAAGUCAAGAGUCUAGAAGCCGAACUCCUUCAGUCCAACGAAGAUCUCACCAGCAGUGAACGUGCAAGAAGAGCCGCCGAAAACGAACGCGACGAACUGCAAGAAGAACUCAACAACAACGUCAACAAGGGAACAUUGAUGCUCGACGAGAAACGUCGAUUAGACGCAAGAAUAGCAACACUCGAGGAAGAAUUAGAAGAGGAACAAUCGAAUAGCGAAAUUCUGAUCGAUCGAGCCCGAAAGGGACAGAUCAGUAUUGAACAAUUGUCCACCGAUCUGGCGACAGAACGUUCGGCAACGCAGAAACUCGAAUCGCAGAGGAUGUUACUCGAGCGUCAGAAUAAGGAAUUGAAGGCUAAACUCGCUGAACUUGAGACUGCACAGCGCGCUAAGACAAAGGCAACAAUUCAGGCUCUCGAAUCGAAGAUCAACAAUUUGGAUGAACAACUCGAGACUGAGGCUAAGGAGAGAUUCGCUCAACAGAAAAUCAAUCGGAAAUUGGACAAGAAAUUGAAGGAAUUGAGUUUACAGUUGGAGGACGAGAGACGCAAUGCCGAUCAGUAUAAGGAGCAAAUGGAGAAAGUUAAUACGAGAAUGAAGAGUCUCAAGAGACAAUUGGACGAGGCUGAGGAGGAGAUCAGUAGGCACAAGGCUCUUAAGCGAAAAGCUCAGAGAGAAAUGGACGAUAUGAUUGAAUCGCAGGAAGUUUUGACACGUGAAGUUACUAAUUUGAAGAAUAAACUCAGUGAAGUAGAUCAAAAGACACAAAAGACGCAUAGCAGAUCGUUGGGUUCCUACCGUGGUUAUUGGAAGGAUGAAAUUAUAAACUCUUUUAACGUGCGUGGAGGACCACCAAUCAGUUUGAGUUCAUCAAGAUUGAAACGUGGCUCAAUGCAAACCGGUGGCUCGGGUGACGAUUCAACAACGCAAGAUGAAAGCAUUGAUGGCGAGGAAAAUGCCAAUUGAAAAACCAGACGUCUUCCGCUGCGGUUAAAUCUGCGGCCAAAAAAACCUUUUUGAAAAACACACGGCAUAAUAAAUUCGUCCAACGAAUUUUCAAGAGUCUGGGGUCUCUUCUCUCUCCAUAAGUUAACAUUUAUAUAAUGUAUAGAAAUAAGCGUGAGUCAUUAGAUUGAUUAAUCACUCUCGGUGACCAAUUUUACAAAACAAAAAAACAAAAAAAAAAGUAAUGCAUAUUUUGCGUGAUAAUUGGUCCCAAAAAAAAUCAUUUUUGAAUUGCCGGUGCGAUUUUGUUGGCAAUGGGACAAAAAAGAAAAAAACAACGUCACGUCGCAUGCAGGUGAUAGGAAUAAAUUUUUUCUUUUUUUUUUAUUAUAGUAGUAUUAUUAUACGAUUUUUCCGUGAGAUGCCAUCAAACGAAGAAAGAAAAAAAAACAGAGUUUAAUGAAAAUGUACAUAACUUUACAGCUUACUAACUGACCGUGGAGCGGUUUUAUUACUGGCAUGACUGUAAUCAUAAAACGAAUCGGGAGUUUUAGGUAAUGAGAAGUAAUCGUGGGAUAGAAAAAAGAAAACGGCAGAUUUUGCUGCAUAAUUGAAAUAACUGAAUAACACUUUUAGGUAGUAUUAAGACAUUAAUUAUUAUUGAUACGUUAUUAUUAUAUUAUUAUUAUUAUUAUUAUUAUUAUUAUAUUAUUAUUAUUAUAUUAUUAUUAUUAUUAUAUUAUUAUUAUUAUUUUAUAACUAUUAUUACGAUCAGCAUCCUCCCACAAGUACUACAAGUAAUUAUUAAUGUAUUUUAAUAAUUAACUAAUAUUAAUGUAAGAAUCAUCAAAAGUGAGAAGAUAAUGAAACAGAGCUGCCUCAAAGAGUGCAAGUUGGUUUCAUUUUAAAAGGUUUAAAAUCGACUCUUCUUCCUUUUUCUCAGUAUUUUUUUAGCAUUUUUUUUUGUUUUGAAAUGAAAAAAAAUCUGUCUUCUUUUGAUUAUAUAGAAAAAAAAUGCUUAGAUUAUUUUAUUGCAUUUAUACAAUUUUCUUUUCUUUUUUUUGGCAUUAUACAUAAUGUAUACAUGUAUAUAAUGUAUAUAAUAUAAAUUAUAUAUUAUAUAUGUUAUAUGUACUCAAUUUUAGUCGUUAAGAUUUUUUUUUCUUUCCAUUCCUCCGUCUUUGGCACCGCGUGUUUCGAGAAAACGAAUAAUGUUACUUAAAAAAAAACCUGACUUUUCCUCGUAUUGUACUUAAGCUCUUGAUAUAGUUUGUCAACACUUAACCUUUUGAAAUGAAAUGAAUGAAUGUGUCUUGCAGGCUCAAAAGUGAUAGAUAUCGAGAAUUUUCAAUUUAAAAAAAAAUGUACGAGAAAAAUAAUGAAACAAGUUCGAUUUACUCAAAACUCAAGAAAAAUUACGAAGAUGCUAAGAUCGUAGAGGAAAGAAAAAAAAAGUUUUUGUAAACUACCGAUGAAUUUUGAAAAAAUGAUGUAAAGACGGAAUUUUAUACCUGCAUUUUUAUAGGCAUUUUAUAAAAUUCUUUUGUAUUUCGAAAGUUUUUACAAGGUGUCACACCCGCAAUGGCUAGUAUAUUUUUUGAUGCAAGUAGCUACAAGCGAGAACACAAAAUAUUACAGAAUUCAAAAUUAUACAUAUAUUUAUAUUAAAAUUUUCUUAUAAAAAUUUUUUUUUCUCAAUGAAAAAAUAGAGCCUUCGCUGUAACUCCAAGCUUCUUCAGAGUUCUAGGCAAAACUUUUUUUCUCAAAGAAACGGCAAAUAAUUAUUAUAAAAAAAAAUACUGUUCUGUGAAACAGUGGAUCUAGAACUUUUUCAGUAUUUUUUUGAUAUCAAAAAAAGGAACUAUCAGUGUGCAUGCUCCUGGCGAAGAAAUCCAUCGAUACGAAUUAAAAUGCUACUUCAUUUUUAAUCAAACUGAUUUACAAUUCUUCGAUUAAAAUUAUUAAUGUGUAAUUAUAACACAAUUCGUCUGAUUAGAAUUAUUAAUACAUUAUUUGUAUAAUUAUUAUUUAAACGAAAGAAUUGAUUUUUAAAUUGAAUGAACUUGUGACAAUCUUUCGCCAGGGUUUAGAUCCAAUAAUUCGCAAUCAGUACCAUAAAUAUGUAAAUACUUGACUGAAUGUAUUCGGGGUACUCACUUCUUAAUAUUGUACGCUUUGAAUUUUCAAAAAAAAAAAAAAAAUCAAAAAAUCAAUCUCUUACACCGCAAUCGCCUUAAUUUUUUUUUUAUAUAAUAUAUACCGCUUGAAAUCAAAAUGAAAGGAAGUGGGCACUCCCAAGAUCUGCGGGCAAGUGAGGGAGAAAUGGACAGCGAUUUAAGAAAAAAAAAAUUACGAAAUAAAUUGAAAGAAGCGAUGGCGUUUUUGAUACAUUUUAUAUAUGGAUUGAACAUAAAGGGGUUGAUUGCAUCUUAAGUAUACAAGAGAAAAUAUAAUAAAUGCUGAAUACUGAAA